UACAUGACGACACAGGUAACUACCAGGAAGUGCUAUAUGACGAAGGGAUAUAGUUUAUAUAAAUAAGGAAUGUACACACACCAAGUCAGCUGACCAGUGCGAGGGGAAAUUCCACAUUGGACAACAUUAAUAUACAAAGCAAUUGUACAUAUACCUUUCCCCAGGUAAGAUGUAUUUUUAUCAGUAAGGUUGUAGGUAUUGGAUCAGCCUUAACCACAGCUACUAAAAACCCCGGAUACUAAAAAUAGACAUACAGUAGUUGAGUUACUCAUGCCGAUGUAUACGUCACAGAUUCGGAAAUCAUUGUUCAUUAUUAUUGUUCCACCCUAUGGAAUACCCAGGAGUUGGAGCAGCUGACUUGUGGACUGACAAUAAUUUAUAAAGGACCACAGAUCAAAAAGCUAAUCACUACUCGCACACCUGUUCUGAGGGAUAUACCGUCACAUAGACAGCAGUGUAGUGUUAACACGUACUUGGAUUUCUGAUACACUUCUAGAAGGAAAACACUUAUAUUCAAGACCUGUUCAUAUAGAGUUUACUACAAAGACAGGCACCAUGCCAGCCUCCGGGAUAAAGAGAACUGAGAGGAGACAGACGAUUCCACUAAGGAAAAGCGACACGGAACACCUGUUUGAUUACUUUAUGUAUAAACAAAUACUAAAGACUCUCCCGUCUGAACGUGACGUUACAACGGGAGUUCAGCACGUGAUGGAAAGCACCACCACCACCACCACCACUGACAACAACAAAAAUACAUUGCCGGUUGAGGAACAGCAGCCGUUUAAACGAACCAACAGUUAUCGUAAGGCAACUAACAGAUUAACUGUUUAUGAUAAUACCGAAGUCAUGGUCCAUUCGCCAUUUAAAAUAACAGAAGACAAAGUUUUCAAAAAAGAGGAUUAUAAUUACAGGAAGUACAAAACAUUGCCCCCAGAGUCGGAUACUUUGAGGAGAGCAAGUCAAAGGAAGAGGAAAUCUUCCGAAGCACAGAUGAACAAAAAUAAUAACAAUAACAACAACAAAACUAAAAAUCAUAAUGAAAAAUCACCACACAGCUUUCAGCGUUCUGGGAGUAUAGCGUCAAAUGAUUCUGAUAGUGAGGAUGAUGUGAGUAUCAAUACAAUUGACAGGAAAAAGAAGAGCGCUUUUCAGCGAGCGAAGGAACGAAUUUUUCAAACAUUUUCUAAACAAAAGAAAAAUGACGAAGAAAAGAAAAAGAAUAAACCAAAGGUAAAAAAAUCUGCUAAAAAGAAGACUAAAAGGAACCAUGGUAAGGAUGAUAAGAAAUCUAGUGAAGCCGGCGUUGUUGUCAUGGACGAACAUGGUCAUUGCACGUCACAUGUGACCCAGAGUCGUUAUGGAGAUGUUCUGGUCCGUCGGGAAGAGUCAAUGGAUGUCAAGGAUUGUGUGACCCCUUCUAGUCCUGGUGUCCACUCGGAAUCACGUACCAUGGUAACCGACACUCGAGACCUUUCUACCAAGUCUAAACCGGCGCCAAUUUCAAAAUUCCAGUCAUUAAGAAGAAGCAUACGUCGGAAGUUUUCAGACGCAUCCAAGUCACCGAAAGAGGAAAACCGAUCCGGCCCUAGUCUUAUGAAAAUGUCCAAUUCGGGUUCAGAUCAGGGAACAAGACAAAUGUCGUUAUCAUCUCCCUCCAAUCCUUGUCCGAUGGGUCAGUUUCGACAGCCGGCCAAUACCGUGACCAAGGUAUUUGAAGCCAUCAUUUCCCAAGACGCUGACCAAGAUGUUCCAUGUGGACGUCGAACCCGAUCAGCCGCGAGAGGCGGUGCUCAUGCUCAAGGCGACAGAUCCAGACUUCAACUGAAGGGACUGGUCCCGUGCCAUACCAUUUCUCGUUCAUUGCCCAGUUCUGGGAAUUUCGAAGCAGAUGUUGAAACAGAUACACAUACCAAAUAUGUGAAGAGCCCGGAUGGAUAUAUGGAUGUUGUGACGGAUACUUAUGAGAGUGUGCGUAUAUGUCCAAUGGAUGUUGACGAUGUAGAACCGGACUGUCCAAAUGAUAAUGUUGAUGGGUUUGAACCUGUAGCUAAAAAGGGACGUGGAAGCAGUCGUCGGAAACGUUUGUUAGAAAGCGAUAACUCACUCCCGUUUGAUGAACUGACACAAGAGGAAAAGAACAAACGUAUCGAAAGUGUCGCCAACCGUCUGGCGGUCAUUGCUGAUAACUACGUCACAAGGGCGGAGAGCAGUCAAUCAGACAACGAGUGUCAGUCCCCUACCGAUCCCUUAUCGGGCAGCAGGAAACCUCCAGAUAGACUAAAUUCAAUCGAGAGAGACCUAAUCUUUGAGUUACGGAGGGAAGGAGAUCGGCUAUCAGAAACAAUCAACAUGCCAUCCGUCAUAAUGCCAAUAGCCAUGCAGUUGGUAAAGGAAACCGACCAGUAUAAUCGCUUCACUAAGGUUGUGGAAUCGUCACUAGGCGGUACUGUGGGCUGGCACAACGUCGCCAUGUACUUCUACGUCACAAAGGCAGCAGUACAUAUGGCAGGCGCGGGAGGCGCGGUGGCACUUAAGCUCAAGGACAUGGCUCUUCAAUACUUCUCUGAUAGGUUUGCAGGCUGGAUUACUGACAGAGGAGGAUGGGACUCUGUUUUGGAGGAAACAGAUUCAGAACUAGACUGAAAGAAUCGAGGUUGAUAAAGAGGACCCAAAAUCUCUAUCGGAUAAGUGAGCCGGUUGCUGGUCGGAACCUGAAGCUUGAACCAGAGUGUUGUACCUACAUGGUGCAAUGAAACAUAAUUGGGAAGAUUCAAGACCAAAUCUCGCAAAGAUAUUCAAAAGGCGGAAUAUUCUCUACAAUAACUGUACGGGAUGUUUUCAAACAUGUACGGAACAGUACGAAGUGAAGUUCAUAUUACAAUGAACUGAAUAUCGAUAUGACGUCUUCAUCGAUUAUCAUAGUCAAAUUACACAUCAUUCCCUGCGAACAAUAGGAAAUCGGGAUGUGUUCUAGUGUAUUAAGACAUAUACGAACGAUCCUUUUUUCUGAAACGUUAAGAAACAAUGGUUCCUGAUUGGUCAAUACUUCACUAGUGUACAUUCGACUAAUCAGAACAAAUGUUCUAGUCAUGUUCAACCAAACACAGAUACAGAGAAAAGGAAGAUUUUUACAGAGUAAAAAAGAGCGAUUCGUGGACACCGUCAACCCAAUGUGAAUUAUUAACCAAAGUGCCAUCGUUCUAAAUGUAACUCAUUUCUUGGGUAAAAAGAAUGCAGACAUAUUUUGCUUUUGUAGAUGUGAUAUUCUUUCAUACAAAAAAUCAGAACGUAUUUUCGUUCUAAUACUGACCAGAUGUCUGAUGCCUACAUGACAUUUUGAAGAUGUUAAAUCGUAUUUGAGUUCUGGUACGCAUUCCGUAUAUUUUGUUAUCUUUGAUACGUUUAUGUGUUCAUGCAUCUAUGCAAGAGCUUCGCGAUGAACAUAAAAGAGCGAAGUUGUCUUAUUCGCAAUGUCGCAUUUAAAAUGUUUUAGAUAUUCUUUAAAAAUAUACCGUGGUGUGAGCAUAUGUUGUGUUUGAUCUCAAACUAAGAAAAUGCAGAAUUAGAUGUGAUCUAUUCUGUAUUUCUUUGUACAUUUAAAUGCAAGUUGUCAUUUUAUGUUGUAAACAUUUUAACCAUGUUAGUGAUACAUACAUUAUCUAGAAACACCCGAAUACUAUGAAAGCGAGGCCGCUUGAGUAUUCAACAAAAAUAUCUACUACUAUUUCUUUGGGAAUUCAUUGGUGACUUCAUUUUUCAAAGUAACUCAGGGUAUAGGCCUGCUGUUUAUGUGUCUACUACCUUGAUAGCUGAAAUGUAGACCGAGGGCAAAUGAUUUCUUGCUGAAGAAAUGAGGUCUCGUGUUUUGACACUGAGUGGCUUGUGUGCAAUAUCAUUCUUCUUAUGCUAUUUAUAGCAAAUCUCUUAUUAUAAUUUAAUAUUCCAUUGUUGAAAUGAUAAACAAAUUCCAUUCUUAUAUUUUUACUUUAAGUUAAUAAUUAUUUUAUGUUUAUUGACCUGGAUAGUUUAUUUUGUUUUGGACUUUUGUUCCAAUGAAAUUUCUGAGUCAUUUAUAUCUUGUUGUCUCUUUUUUGUGUUAUGUGAUUAAUAUCGCUACUACUGUUAACUGAUCCGCAAUGUCAUUUGAUACGUGAGCUUUUACCCGUCCGGUGGAGUAUAACAUAAACAGGUAUGAUAUCAUACUGAUGCGAUACCUGUAUACGGGGUAGAUAACAUGUCAGAUCUCUGAUAAAAUAUGCGCAAAUAUUUGCCUAUGUUAUCACGUAUUGCGUGUUUUGUCUAUAAUUGGAAAUAGGAUUUCCAUUUCGUCAUUUGUCUAAUCAAUCUGUUGAUGAUGUCACAAAAGUGAUUUGCUAUUCUUUAAGUGUUGUGAUCCACUUUUUAUGUAUUGCUUUAUAUGUUAUUUAAACCACAAAUUAAUCAAAUCCGAAUUCCAUUUCUAUUUUUACUAUCUUGAUUUAUUCUAUAUGUUUUGUCUACAACCUUCAAAAGGUUCCGUUUAUAAACUUUGAAAAUAAAAUCUUGAAAAUGA